UGCCGCCGGACGCUGCGGGGAGCUCGUGCGCGCGGCGCUUUUGGGGCGGAGCCUGCCACCGGCCGCCAGGGGGCGCCCCGAGACGACACUUUCAUGGAGGCGGUGAAGGCGGAAGCGUGGGAGGGGGCCGCGGUGGCCCAGGACCUGCUGGCUCUGGGGUAUGGAGGUGUCCCGGGGGCGGCGUCGCGGGGCGCCUCAUGCCCAGACUUCAGGGGGCUGUGCGUGCGGCUGGCGGCGGAGCUGGGGACGCUGGGCGCCCUCGAGCAGCAGCGAGAGGCGGGCGCGGAGGUGCUGAGCGCCGGCGACGGCCCUGGCGCGGAGGAGGACUUUCUGCGGCAGCUCGGCAGCCUGCUGCGGGAGCUGCACUGCCCGGAUCGCGCGCUCUGCGGCGGGGAUGGCGCGGCAGCGCUUCGGGAACCCGGUGCCGGACUGCGCCUGCUGCGCUUUCUCUGCUCAGAGCUCCAAGCCACCCGCCUCCUGUGCCUGCGCUCUCUGCUGGAUCCGAGUCCUAGGCCACCCCUUGGUGAAGGGGUGGUGGAGGGGGCCGGCAUGGUCCAAGAACUGGACCUUACCCUCCAAGCCCUGGGGCUGCCCAGACCUGCACCAGGGACCCCCGCCAGCCAGCUGCUGCAGGAGUUGCAUGCUAAGAUCUCAGAGCUGCAGCCUUCUCUGCCCCCAGGGUCCCUGCAGCCCCUCCUCAGCUGCUCGCUAGAUGCACCCAGAUGGGAAGCGUUGGAGUCUCUGUCCCAAAGCCUCAGAGAUCAGUACCGCUGCCGCCGCUGCCUCCUCCUCAAGCGCCUUGACCUCACUACAUCUGCUUUCCACUGGAGUGACCGGGCAGAGGCCCAAGGAGAGGCCAUGAGGGCAGUGCUGAUCCCAAUUCGAGAGGUUCUGACCCCAGAAUCGGAUAUCUCCAUUGCACACGUUCUGGCUGCCCGAGCCGACCUGUCUUGUCUCGUCCCAGCCACCAGCGUGGCUGUCCGCAGAGGGACCUGCUGUGCCAUCAACAAGGUGCUUAUGGGCAACGUUCCAGACCGGGGGGGCCGCCCAAAUGAGCUGGAGCCUCCCAUGCCCACCUGGAGGAGCCGAAGAGAGGAUGGAGGCCCCCAGUGUUGGGGUCGCAAGAAGAAGAAGAAGAAGAAGUAAAGGGGGACUGGUGGUCGGGGGCGGGGGGUCCUCCAUGAGAUGCUAAUGCUAUCGGUAAUCUCUGGGGAGUCCGUUUAAGGCUUUCCUUGGUAUUUGGCACCCAAGCCCCCCAUCUCCUAUUCCUGAGUCCCCAAAUGCCCUGCUCCCAUUCACGUCAAUACCAAGAACCAUGUUCUCCAGAGAAUAAAUUUAAUUUAUGACA